AUGUCUACAGUUCGGUCCCUGGGACUGCACGAAGCUUCGGCCAUCCCUUUUCUCGUGGCGGAAAACCUCCUUCCUCCGGAUCCCCCAGAGGAGCUUUAUUCAUGGACAACAACUGUUGAUCGUGGUCCGAACGGGCCAGUCGAGGAUGAGCUACUUUGGACAAAGACCUGCGUGGUCUGGUCUCGCGCGGGAGUAAUUAAAAGGGUCUUUCGCCUGGACCUGGAGAAGGAAGAGGUUCGGCAUGCUUUGUUGACAAAUUUCGCGGUGGGAAAAACCAAGGGAUCUGGAGAGAAGCCUGCACAGGAUGUUAACAGAACGACAUCGCACAAGAGCAUCCACCUCAGUGAGAUUUCGCUCGACGUGGGAGGGGAUACGAAAUGCCCAAAAUCCGAUGCCUCUUACGCUACAAAUCAGACACAAACUGCGAGGGGCUCGACGCGAGCAUUGGUUGUGGUGCUCAAAUCGCAAGCCCACAUUUUCUUUCUGGCGGGCAACAGCCACGUCGUCCCUCUACCCUUCGAAGUCGAUUCGGUAUUCGCGACACCUCGUGGGCUACUAUUCCAAAGAAAGGUUCACGAGGAGGAUGCCAGAACCUACCCAAUGGCGCCCCCCAAUUCGUUCGUGUCCUUCCCUCCGGAAUUUCGAGCUUCCCAAUCGCUUGAGCUUCCAUCCAGCAAAGUCCAACGACCUUCUCUAACCACCGCCCCCGCCCAAAGUCCUGGCUGGAAGUCCCGACCAAGCAAGCGUGUCGAUCUACCCAGGGUAUUCUCUCUCAUGGACCCCCAUUCAGAAAUGGGGCUGGUGGUGACCAAUCAGUCUUCUCGUUUGUUACAAGCUAGCCUUAAUAGCAAACCUUCAGGUUUAGAUGUGCUAGACCCGGCGGAUGAGAUAGUAUACGUUUCCCCCAGGGAUGAAUUAUCAGGUCAUCAUCGAAGCAAAGGCAAAUCUCCACUCAUUCUAGUUCUGACAGUUAAUGUCAGCACCGGUCUGUAUACUAUCUGGACUGCACGUUAUCGAGAUGACGAAGUAGCUCCUUCAUCCAAAAAGAAACGCAGAGAAACCGGUGGGACUCGCUCUAAAAGACGCAGCUCUCACUUUGGAAUGGCCACAGGGACAACGACACCCGGUGCACGUCCAACAGCCACGAGGGAAAGCUUUGGACCAAGGGCUGAGAACUGGAACGCGUCAGUCCUUUCUCAUUCUCAGUACUCUACGGAGGGGAAGCCUGACGACGAUGAUCUCGUGUCUAAGCUGGGCCAGGAUUUUGGUGACAUCGGAGUCCCCCUGAAGACGUCCAGACGAGUAAGCUCUUUACUGGCUCGCGCCGACUUAGCGACAAGCCAAGAUCGAAUCACGUUCUCCGAUCUUGCUACGGGAAGUCAGUCCAGUACAAUAACUCAUGCAGGGCUACGACAGUCGAUAGGAGCAGGCAGUACCCGUGGCAGCUUUGGCUUCAACCCCAGAGGUUCUCUUCCGCCUGGCACUGGCUCAAUCUAUAGCACUACCGGUGGCUUUGUGGAUGCUCCCGUGGACAAGCUCCUUGAAGAACUGAACAAUGAGAAUUUAUUUGAAGGAUUUGAGAAUAUGGAUCUAAAAGAAUCCGCAUCUGGCCUACCGGAGGAAGUACUCCUCUCAAAAGUGGAAAGCUUCUCCUCCAGAUUCUCAGGAAGUUUCUUGACACCUUCCAAGAUAAAACAGUCCCGAAAACUAAAAGUAAUUACGCUAUGCCCCUCUGGCUCUAGAGGAAUCUCGCAGAAUUCAACCUCAGCGACUUUGGCCGUUUGCGUGGUGGAUCAAGAAGCGAAAUCCAUGACCGUAGUCAACCUUCGAGCGGACAAGGUUGCAUUGCCAAAGAAGGAUGCGAUGUUUUCAAGCAAAGCAAAAAAACGCAUGGUCUCCGAUGAACGCCCAUUACUCGUGCAAGCAUCGGGUAUUCAACACUUCCCAGGAAUCCUAGAUGCUUGUAAGGUAAUCGAUGGGGAGGUCUCCCGAAUCCUCGCCCUUAGUGUUACCGAAGAUGGAAGCUGUGGUCUACAUCUACAGACUCCUUGGAGCAGCCAUAUUUCUAUUGAAAUUCCUCCUAAGCUCAUGUUACAUGAAACCGACGCGCUGUCAUCGCUAUUGACGGCAAGCCAUCCUCGAGAAGGGAGCAUGAAACGUCUGAUGGCAGAUUCAUCUAUCACUAUUACAGGGCUAGAUCACUCCGCAGUCGGAGGCAAACUUGACCUAGUCGACUCCUCUGGGCGAAGACACAAAGUUCAGAUUCGGAUGGAGCCUACUAAUGACUUCGUGAAAAAGAUAUUCGGCGUAUGCCGCUUUGCCUUGCUUGAAUCGGAAAAGGCUGCGGAUGGGAUUCUGGCUGGCUGGUGGGAAACCAUGAGAUGGCUGCAAGAACGGGAGAAAAUCGAAAACGACAUGGAAUGGACGGCUCUGGUAAUUGUGUUAUUCGCGAUGGCUGUGCCCUUUAUCGAUAGCGACCAGGCCUGCAUUUCCCCCAGGCAGACCCGUAGAAAGAGGGGUUUGCUCAGGUCCAGCAGCGGAAGCUACGUGGACACAGAGAGCUGGGAAGCAAUGCUGGAUCAGGAAUCAGGGUCUGCUGGAGCAGUUGCACCUUGGAUGAACACUGCUGCUUGGGGCUGGAUAGUUGAACAGGACGCCGAAGGCGAGACAAUCUCCAACCAAACGAGAAAAUCAUCGAAGGCGGAUCAAUCGGUUUCUAGCCGUUCAACGUGCCGGAAGAACGGUUAUUUACUCAGAUGUGCCGCGCUGACAAGAGAAUUCCUCCAAACGCCUAGAGGCAUUGCGGCAAUUGGAUCUGAUGGUCAUCUCCCCACAGCACUCUCCAGUAGCCAAACGUCACGGCGAACCGCGCUGGGCACAAUUGUAGUUGGCUUGCACUUGCUUCGAGAAGAACAGAAGUUAUCAGCUGGUGAGAGUGAGCAAUGGCGCAAACCUCUAGGUCUUCUGGCUCCAGUCCUUGCCCAAAUUGGCGGAUGGUUAGGAUGGCAGUCCUGGGGUUGGGCGGAAGACUCGUACUACGGCAUGGAAAUGGCUAGUAUGAACCGUUGGCAAUUCGAAGAUACCCGGAUCUCGAUGCUGGAUAUCCCCCCAGAGCCAUUCGCCCCGCCUUCGAUUUUCGCCUGGUUAGAAAGUGCGUGGCGUGCACCUUGUUCCCAUUUCUUCACUCUGCUUAAUCUUGCAACCGCCUCGGACAACCCUCCAAGAAAGGGAAAGCUAUGGCAAGAAUGCUUCGUUUUAACCCCAAGGACGCUAGCCCUAGAUGGAUUUCUCUCGGAGCUACAUGAUCUCUCGACACCGCUGGACCGAAUAAAGCUCCUCCAUCGUUGGGGGUUCACACGAAGCAUCAUUGAAACUUUUCCAGAGGGGGUGAGUACUCCGUUUUACGAGGUUAUCUUGCAAUCACAAAUCCAUGCCUCAACGUCAUGGAGCCCGUCUCUUUUGACGCUCAUCGAUCGAGACGACCUCAGCAUCUCGAUGAGUGCCGGCGGGUCUUCGCAUCCUGCACCGGCUCCAUCGCAGCCCGCAUUAUCACACGACGCCGUACGCGACUUCCAUCAUAUUGGCAACUCUGCCCUGGAGAUUGACACGAUCAAUUCCUUCGAGGCUUCUGCUGAAGCUGAUCGCUUUUCCAUUACCAGGUUGAUAUUCCGUGAUGACAAGCGUUUCAUUGAAGCAGCACGGCUACUCAACCAGUCCAAAGCCCCCGCAGCUGAAUGCAUCCCAGAGCCUGAAUGGUCUGAUUCUGACCUGCUAGAGGCGCAGAAAGAAGUGGUGCAACUCGUGACUCUGCGAACUCUUUCAAUUCCUACCGGCCGGGCUAUGUUGGCUUUCAGCGGACGUCUUCCUCUUCUAACAGAAAAGCUCCCCAUUCCGUCUUUUUCAUUGCAGUGCGUGAUGAAACCUUCAAAUGUGACCAUCAGUGCGGAUCGAGCUUCGUUCAGCGAGGAGAAGGUCUGCUGGGCGUUCUUUCACAAUGGUGUCUCCACCGGUCUUGCCAUUUCCAGAAAUUCGAAGGGGAUUGAUACUUCAUGGAUCCUCUUUAACAAGCCUCAGGACUUGACAAAUCGACACGCAGGAUUCUUGCUCGCAUUGGGACUUAAUGGACAUCUCAAGUCGCUAGCCAAGUGGGUUGCCUUUAAAUAUCUCACUCCCAAGCAUACCAUGACAUCCAUUGGUUUAUUACUUGGUCUAUCCGCCUCCUAUUUGGGCACCAUGGACACACUGAUUACUCGACUCCUGUCUGUGCACGUAACACGAAUGCUUCCUCUCGGAGCAGCCGAGCUUAAUCUGUCGCCACUUACCCAGACAGCAGGGAUUAUGGGAAUUGGCCUUCUUUACUGCAAUUCUCAACACCGGCGAAUGAGUGAGGUGAUGCUGUCGGAGAUCGAAAACGCAGAGUCGGAGGAAAGCUCCACGUCACACGAUGAUCUGCGUGAUGAAGGAUACCGUCUAGCUGCGGGAUUCGCUCUUGGCUUUAUCAAUUUGGCCAAGGGGAAAGACCUUAAAGGUAUGCGUGACAUGCAUAUCGUGGAAAGACUACUUGCUGUAGCUGUGGGGACAAAAAACGUUGAUCUCGCUCAUAUUCUCGACCGCGCUACAGCCGGGGCUACUAUUGCUCUGGCGAUCAUUUUCAUGAAGACAAAUGAUAAGACUCUUGCACAAAAGAUCGACAUACCAGAUACCACUGUGCGUUUCGAUUAUGUACGACCCGACCUUUUCCUCCUCCGCACCCUAGCACGACACCUGAUCAUGUGGGACAGCAUUCGGCCCUGCGACGAGUGGUUUACACGGAGCCUUCCGUCUGUAUAUCGCGGUCGAUAUCGCCUGACUGGGGUACGUCGACUGAAAAGUGAUGAUAUGCCGUUCUUCAAUAUCAUUGCUGGUCUCUGUUUUACGCUAGGUCUCCGAUACGCUGGUUCCGCCAAACAAGACGUUCGUGACAUUCUUCUCUCAUAUCUCGAUCAGUUCAUCCGCAUUUCGCGGCUCCCCGCUGUCAACUACGACGGAAAAUUGGCACGUAACUCGGUUCGUCACUGCCAGGAUGUUGUUGCAUUGUCCGCUGCGGCGGUUAUGGCAGGAACAGGAGAUCUGCCUCUAUUCCGCCGCCUACGAUCUCUUCACGGGCGUGUUGACCCCGACACCCCUUACGGCAGCCACAUGGCCUCCCAUAUGGCUAUUGGACUGCUAUUCCUGGGAGGGGGCAGCUAUACGCUAGGCACAUCAGACCUUGCGAUUGCAUCCUUGAUCUGCUCCCUGUACCCUAUCUUCCCUACGACGGUCCUUGACAACAAAUGUCACCUGCAAGCCUUCCGUCAUCUGUGGGUUCUCGCCGCGGAGCCACGCUGCCUUGUGCCGCGCGACUUGGACUCCCGACGACCAGUCUCCAUCCCAAUCACGGUAACAAGCCCCAGCGGUGACACUCGAAUGUUCAACGCGCCUUGCCUCCUCCCAGACCUAAAUUACAUUGCGAAGGUCGAAGUCCGUAGCCCGGACUACUGGCCACUAGUCCUAGACUUUGCGCACCAUCCCGGAAUCCGCGAAAAAUUCCGCCGAGGCGACCAAUCCGUCUUCUUGCGCCGAAAGGCAACGUACAACCCAACCGGCACGUCAGUAUUCGGAUCCACGCUUGCAGGCCUCAGCGACGCACAAGAUAUCCUCCCCUCCUCAUCCCCUCUAGCCUCCAACCAGGGCAAGGGUCUCCCCCCCGCAGCUCUACCAAACAUCACGACUCUCCUCUCCACCACCAAAGCCCAUACCCGCACCCUGAAAUCCGCCGCCCAAAGUGUCUGGGACUGGAUCUUCCAGCUUGACUCCUUCCAGGGUCUUCUCGACGCGCGCGAGAAGUCUCUCAUCCUCCCGUCCACCGUCCCCGGAAGACCGCGCCCCUUCAUCGCAUCGCACGACGCGCCCUGGCUCCGCCAGUCCGCGGUCGACAGCAAACUUGUCAUCGAGCGUACCGUGCAAAACAUCAUCCAGGCUGCCACGGGACGCGGCGCAGACCCCGACGAAGUCCGUACCCGACUAUGGCAGCUCCGGUUGCUUUUUAGUUGGGUUGAAUCGGGUUCGUAUCUGCAGGGUGGGGGUGAGGAUGCCGAACGACAGGAGGGAGAAUCUACGUCAUCGAAUGGAUUGUGGCUGCGUCGGGAUUAUAUUGAGGAGACGCGAUGGAAGAUAUGGGGACUGCAGAUUGGGGAGGAGGGAUAG